AUGGGAGGCAAGCUGAGCAAGAAGAAGAAGGGGUACAAUGUGAACGAUGAGAAGGCCAAGGACAAAGACAAGAAGGCCGAAGGAGCAGGGACGGAAGAGGAGGGAACCCCGAAGGAGAAUGAGACCCAGGCCGCUGGGCCGACCACGGAAGUGAAGGAGGGCAAGGAGGAGAAGCCGGGGAAGGAUGCCCAGGAAGCCGCCAACAAACCUGAAGACAAGGAAGGUGGGAAAGACACAGACGCGGCCAAGGCAGAUGCUCCGAAGGCAGAGCCUGAGCAGACGGAAGGAGCGGCCGAGGGGAAGCCGGAGCCCCCGAAGGAUGCGGAGCAGGCAGCCACCUCAGGCCCUGCCACAGGUGAUGCUCCCAAGGCUUCGGAGGCCGAGGCCCCUGCGGAACCCGCGGCGGCCACCAAGGUGGAUGACAAGAGCAAGGAGGGAGGGGAACCCACAAAGACUGAGGCUCCCGCAGCUCCUGCCUCACAGGAAACGAAAAGUGACGGGGCCCCAGAUUCAGACUCAAAACCCAGCAGCACUGAGGCUGCCCCAUUGUCCAAGGAGACCCCAGCAGGCACGGAAGCCCCCAGUUCCACACCCAAGGCCCAGGCCCCUGCAGCCCCAGCAGACGAGGUUAAAACUGCCGAGGCCCCAGCAGCUAAUUCCGAUCAAACCGUAGCAGUAAAGGAAUAA